UGUUGUAAGAAGCAAAUUCUAACCCAUUUCAUUUCGCAGCCGUUGUACCGUGUAGUCAUCACUCCAGCUCAGCUAACAUCAUGUCGAAGAUCGGAAUUAACGGAUUUGGCCGCAUCGGGCGCCUGGUGCUGCGUUGCGCUAUUGAGAAGGGAGCUGAAGUGGUGGCGGUGAACGACCCAUUCAUCACCUUGGACUACAUGGUCUACAUGUUCAAGUAUGACUCGACUCAUGGCACGUUCAAGGGUGACGUGAAGGCUGACGGUGGCAACCUCGUUGUCAACGGCCAUGUCAUCAAGGUCUUCAAUGAAAUGAAGCCUGAUAACAUUCCAUGGGGAAGCGCUGGUGCCGAGUACAUCGUCGAAUCCACUGGCGUCUUCACCACUCUUGACAAGGCCAAGGCUCAUUUUAGCAACGGCGGCAAAAAAGUAAUCAUUUCGGCCCCAUCUGCUGAUGCUCCCAUGUUCGUCAUGGGCGUGAACCACGAGAAAUAUAGCAAGGACAUGACAAUUGUGUCGAACGCCUCGUGCACCACCAACUGCCUCGCGCCCGUCGCCAAGGUGCUCAACGACUCCUUCGGUAUUGAGGAGGGACUCAUGACGACCGUGCACGCCGUCACCGCUACUCAGAAGACUGUCGAUGGUCCCUCGGCCAAGGACUGGCGCGGUGGCCGGGGCGCUGGCCAGAAUAUCAUCCCUUCAUCCACUGGCGCUGCUAAGGCUGUAGGUAAGGUCAUUCCCGAGCUCAACGGCAAGCUCACUGGCAUGGCUUUCCGCGUUCCCACGCCCGAUGUCUCUGUCGUCGACUUGACCGUGAGACUUGGCAAGGAGUGCUCCUACGACGAGAUCAAGGCCGCUAUGAAGGCCGCGUCAGAGGGACCUCUCAAGGGAUAUCUCGGCUACACCGAAGACGAUGUCGUGUCAAGCGAUUUCAUUGGCGACCACAGGUCAUCUAUCUUCGAUGCCAAGGCCGGCAUCCAGCUGAGCAAGACGUUUGUGAAGGUCGUCUCAUGGUACGACAACGAGUACGGCUACUCCAACCGUGUCGUUGAUCUUAUUAAGCAUAUGCAGAAUGUAGAUGCGUAAGGCUGUGAGCCUUCCAUGUAUUGUUUGUUAGAAUCGACUUCAUCAAGGAUUACCUUCGCAGUACAGUGGGCUUGAGCGUGAUUCAUAGCUAGUGAUGGAAAUAUCUGUUAAACAUAUAUUUUUCCGUUUUCUUGGGACCCCAAGAAUUAAUUGAUUUCAUCUUUCGGUCUAACAGACUGUCCUCUGUAAACUGCAAUAAACUGGAUUAAAAUAC